GGUGUGUUCCUGCUCUGGGUGGCGGGCUCCCGGGCUGAUACCCGGGCUGAUACCCCGGCCUACUGCACCUAUGAAGAUCUGUUGGGAUCCUGGGUGUUCCGGGUAUCGAAGGGCGGGCAAGACAAGGGCAUCAACUGCUCUCUGUACCCUGAGAAGGGCUCCGAGGUGACCAGCUACUGUGACCAGACUCUGCCAGGCUGGGUCCAUGAUUCUCUGGGGAACAACUGGGCCUGCUUCACUGCCAAGAGGGUUGUCCCAGUAUCUCCUCACUCUGUGCGCACACACCUCUACUCCCAAAAUGACCUCCUGCUGCUCUAGUGGUCCUACAAACACAACCUGGACUUCAUUAACUCCAAUGUGACCCAGAGCUCCUGGAAAGACAGUGAACAUGAGACCUACACUCUGCAGCAGCUAAUGCACAGGGCUGGGGGACCAGCCUCACACAUCCCCAGGUACAGUCACUCACUUUAAAUCUAUGGUGGCCCUGCCCCUGUGACAGCAAUGCUAGUCAAGAUGGCGGCUGGCCUCCCUGAGCGCUGGGACUGGAGAGACGUCAACGGAGUCAACUACCUCAGUCCUGUCCGCAACCAGGUGCAGGGUUUGUCUGGUAGCUGCUAUUCUUUUUCCUCUACGGGAAUGUUGGAAGCUCGUGUCAGGAUCCAAACAACCCGAGACGCCAUCUUCAGUCCACAGCAGGUUGUCUCCUGUUCCCAGUACUCACAAGGUUGUGACGGUGGUUUCCCCUACCUCAUUGGGAAGUACAUCCAGGACUUUGGGGUCGUGGACGAGUCGUGUUAUCCGUACGUUGGGAAGGAUUCCCCUUGUGAUGUUUCCAAUGGCUGUCUCUGCCACUACGCCUCGGACUACCGCUACGUGGGAGGGUUCUACGGAGGCUGCAGUGAGUCUGCCAUGAUGCUGGCACUGGUCAAGCAUGGACCCAUAGGGGUGACCUUCGAGGCGUAUCCUGAAUUCAUGCACAAUAAGGAGGGUAUCUACCACCACACGGGCCUCCAUGACCCCUACAACCUGUUUGAGCUGACCAACCAUGUGGUGCUGCUGGUGGGCUACGGCCACUGUCACAUGACUGGUCAGAAGAACAGCUGGGGGACAGAGGGGGGCUUCUUCAGGAUCCGACGGGGAUCUGAGUGUGCCAUCGAGAGCAUCGCCGUGGCAGCCAAGCCCAUCCCCAAACUGGGGAGGGGGGGGGGUUGUCAAAUGUUAGUUUUCCCAAUUGGAGGCUAGCCUGGUACUUUGGCCUCGAGUCUGAAAUGGUUUCUGUUUUUGUGUAGCUGAUAGAAGCUCAAUCAAAUGGCUGGAACAUUGAUAUAAAUAAUCAGUAACUGUGAAGCUUUUCAACUUGCUCACUAGACUCGGAUUCUUGCCAACCUGCUUUAAUCCCCAAUGUAACUGGAAUUUGUAGUUAGAGUUUUGUAGUUCGGUGUUUGAUAGGAGGGCAGAGGACCUCAGCUCUUUCUGUUAUCACAGGGGAGAUUAACUUGCCCUGUCAUCUCCAUAUGUCCUCUCUGCUAUGUCACUGGAUUGUCAUCUGUCCUCUCAUGUGACAUAAGUCUCCUGGGAACCUUCAGAAGGGAUUGCUGUCACAUCAGUGUAGAAAGGGAUACAAUGUCAGUGCCUUGCUUUCUCUCCUUUCAGAAGUGGUUGUGUUUCAUUAGAUAUGUCCUGUAGUUUUCCAAUAAGAUCACAUGAUGUACAGGUUUUCUCUGUUUUGGAAUAAAGUUGAUUUAAUUUA